ACGCAUUUAUCUAGAGGUAUGGAAGGUUCUGAGGGAGGGAAUGCACUGCGAUCGGUCUGUCUGACAGAAUCAUCUGGCCACAUGCACACGCGCAACAAACUCCCCCUCCCUCACACCGAAUUCUCACACACGCGCCCUUGGCGUGUGUCGUUCAUUCAUUGAGUCAGAUAUCGAAGAAUAGGCUAAGGCCGGCAAAGACGAGGAAUAGGAAUCCCCCAGCAAGCGCCACCAUCUUCUCGCUAAUGCUGCUGGCCAGCAUCUUGCCCCCAACCACAGCGACGCCCGUGCACAGGCCGUGGCCCAGACAACCCCCAACCGUCACGCCUAUGGGGUCCUUGGCAGCACUGAGUGGAGGGAACCGAACCGUUGUUUGUAUGAUUGAGACACAGCAAUACAAAGGAGGCAGGCAUGUGCUUGCUGGUUGGUUUCGCAUUGCUUACGCGAGGGCUAUUGUCGCGAUUUGUGACCUGUCCCCCCAUUCUGCCAGGAAAGUGAGAGAGCACGCCUGCAGAUCACACAACACCCAACACAUCGAUAUAUCGAAGAUGCUUUGUCCACUCCACUCCCCCACCCCCCCAACCCGACCUGCCAGAAGACGUGGUUGAUGAGCAUGCGGAUGACAUUGCCGCGCCUUUUCCUGCCGUGGUGGUGCCCAUGAAAGAACUUUUUCCCCGGAGAAGACAUGUCGUCGGUCGACGGCGGUGCAGUGAGCGGCGACUGCCCCCCAGUGUAUUCCACAUCGGGGAUCGACGACGACCGCGACUGCGUGCCGGCCGGAUACCGCGUCAGCUCCACCUCGGCCUGGUCCCGUGUGGGGUUGGGGUUGGGGUGGUGGGGUCCCAGGCCGUUCAGAGAGCCAUUGUUGCCGUUAAUGUUGCCAUGGUUGCUGGUGUUGGAGUUGGUGUUGGUGUCAUCGUCCGUCUUCUUGCUCAGCUCGGCCUCUACCUCUCGGAUCUCUUCGCUUGCUGCAAGGCAUCAACACCCACACGCACACACCCACACACACGCGCGUGCAGCCUGCUGCCAUUCGUGUUGUGGGUGGGUGGGUGGGUGGGUAUGCGGGCGGCUGUGUGUGGUGUGGUGUGGUGUGGUGACUGACCUCCCCCGUCCUCCAUGAGCAGGCCUUCCCUGAGCAAUCGCACUCCGAAAAAGAGGAAGAGCACGAUUGAGGCGUAGUGCGUGUAUGUGCGGCUGAGAAGGUUGGGGAGGGUGUAGCCCAUGGCGGCGCUGAGGACCGUCAUGCCGCCCAGUGCCGUCAUGGCCCCCAUCCACACUAUCAGGUGGCUGUGCUUCAUCGACAUGAUCGCCGCAAUGAAGAACGUCUGCACAGGGGGAGAGGAGGGGACACGCAUGACGUGUGUGGUGCUGUGGGUUCUGUGCGCGGUGGUUGUCCGCUCACUUUGUCUCCCAGUUCGGAGACGAUUAUGAGUGACAGCGAGGCAAUGAAUGCCGCCCAGAAGCCGCCCGCCUUGACGCCAAAGAAUUUCUCCACUGACGAAGCCGAUGAGCCCCGGCCACUCGCUCCCUCCCAAGUCCCAUUCGUCCCCCCCUGCGACCAGCCAGCCAACCAAGUAUAAUCACAGACAGAGGCAUUCAAAGACAGAGAUCAGAUCUGUGCACUGCACCGAUCUUUGCCCUGUGCCGUCUGCUCCUCACCACGGCGAUGUUGACAUGGCGUGUGGCCAUCUCGCUGUCGGUCUCCUCCCUCAGCUGGCUCGAUGCCCUCCGCAGCAUCUCCUCCCCUUCUGCGGCAGAAGCUGCAUCUUCACGCUCUGUCGCUGCUUCCGUGCCCUCCACACUGCUGGCAAGAUGCACUUGGCCAUCCACCAGGGAAAGCAACGCCGCCAGCAGGAGGGAUAGCAGCAAGAUCAACACGGGCUUCCUGCUUCGUUUGCAGAUUGGCACGGCGGACGACGUCAUGCUGGUGCUCUCACCUGCGAGCUUAGCUGAGAGCACCGUCAUGGUGCCAUGCCCACCAAGCGGCAAGCGACCGCUGGUGAA